AUGGCUGCUGCUUGCUGGCUCCUCGCUGCAGCACUCUGCCUGCUGCCCUCCACAGCACACGUUGCAGCACAAGGAUGCUCUGUGAAUGACAGCAGACCAAAUGUUCCUGAAAAUAACCCUGUUGGCUACGUGGUGACCACCAUCCAUAUGGAAUCAGGCUUCACUGCAAGGAUUAAUCCAGCUUCCCCUGAUGCCAGUUACUUUGCUCUCCAGGGAUCUGAGCUGCAGCUGGUCCAAAGCGUGGACUAUGAGGAAGUCACCCUGCUGUUGGUGUCCCUGAUCUGUGAAAACAAUGCUGGGGAGAGUGAUUCUUUGGAAAUCUUUGUGACCAUUCUCAACGAGAACGACAACAGCCCAGAGUUUAAGCAAACAAAUUUCACUGAAGUUGUUCCUGAGGAUACCAAAGUGAACUCAACCAUCAUAGCCCGUGAGGAGCUGAGUGCCAGUGAUGCUGACCUGGACACCAUCUACUAUGAACUCACAACCACAGUGCCAGGCUCAGAUGGUUACUUCGCCAUAAAGGGACUUAACAAUCCAGAGAUUUAUUUACACAAAGCACUGGACUAUGAGAAAUUUAAAUGGACAACACUGAUCUUGUAUGCAAGGGACAGGCCUGUGACCAGCACUGACCCCACCAACACAGCUACUGCAACAAUAAACAUCAUAAUUGAGCAAGCUGACACCAAAGCACCCUGGUUCCUGCCCUGUACCUUCAUCAACGAGGAGCAGAGCAUUUGCAUCAGCAGCCUCUAUGCUGGGAGGGUCAACAUGUCGGAGGUGGCGACAGAGCCACUCCUCCUGCAGCCAGGGCCUCUCUAUGCCAUCGAUCCUGACUACACCAUCAAUGAAAGAAUCAUCUACAGUAUUGUCAGUGGGAACAUGGACAAUGUGUUCUCCAUAGAUGCUGACACAGGAAAUCUGACAAUGAACAAACCAGCAUCUUCCCCAGGCUCCUACCUGCUGCAAGUCAUGGCCACCCAAGUCAACAACAUCCAGAAAUACUCCAUAGCCAGUGUAGAGAUUAAGGUCAUCAAUAAAAGCAAUCAUGCACCAUACUUCGAGAGCAGGAUCUACAACGGGACAGCCUUUGCUGAUCUGGCCCCAGGAAGCUUUGUCUUCCAAGCUGGUCACCCUUCAAGCCCCCUGAUGAUAACAGCACUGGAUGAUGAUUUCCCUGAUAAAGUCAACCCAAGCAUUGAGUACCACAUAAGCAACAGCACUGAUUUCAUUGCAACCAAAGAUGGACUCAUCCUGACAAAUGUGGUGCUGCAGUCCCCAGGAACUGUAACCCUCGAGGCUGUUGGGAUGGAUAUGGUGAGCCUGCAGAAAGCCAGCACUGUGAUUGUGGUGGAGGUUGUCCUUGCUGCAGCUGUAGCCUCCUCUGAUAAGCAAUACAGUGCUCAGGACAUGGGCAUCUUAGGAGGGACAUUGGCAGCACUGCUGCUGGUUGUCUUGGUCUUCCUUGGAGUGGUGAUAUACAAACAGUAUGGAAAAAGAAUCAAUUACCUGGUGAACAAAAAGCUCUCCAAGAAGCCCUCCGAGGGUUAUGACAACAAAUCUUACAAGCAAGAUGAACAGCCAGAUGCGAGCACUGAACAGCAGGAGGCCUCAGAGGACGGCAGAGUCAGGUCAGUGGUAGAGGUGCAAGAGCAGCCAGCACUUCCCUCAGCUUUUCCCGCUGCAGAAGAAACUGAGAGCCUCCCAAAAGCUGCUGUAGCUUCCACCAUCAUCUUUGACCAGGAAGAGAAAGAGGAAGAAGAGGUUGAGCCUGAGAAAGAAGUGAAAUCUAUCCUCAAGACAGACAGGCAGGUGGCAAAUGAUGGCUACAAAGCUGUGUGGUUUAGGACUGAUGUGGAUCCUGAAGCUGGAGAGAGAAUUCAAGUGAUUGAGGACAAUGCAGCAGAUAGUGAUGAUGACAGUGACCAAGAUCUGCAGAGGAAUGAGGAGGAGGAGGAUGAUGACAAAGAUCAUCUGCACAGAGGGCAAGCAGUGUCCUUUGCCUCAGGGAGCUCACCUGUGCCAGCUGCAGAAGUGAUAGUCAACAUGUCUCACACAGAAGAGGACAACAGCCUAUGAUGGAGACAGGCCUGC